UCUGUUAAAGAAACUUUGUGUAAAAAAUUUUCAAUGAUUAUUUGUUCGCGACAAAUCAAGUUUGGUUUUUUUUGUGAGUUCUGAGUUUACAGAAGUUGCAUUGGGAGGAAUGGGAUAGAAAAUGUUAUUAUCGCUAAUAAUUAAUAAAUCACAAAUCUUGUUAGCUACACCGUAACACAACUAAAUAUUUGAUUUUUUGUUAUUUAUUUUUGAAAAAAAGCUUUACAGAGAAACGCCUUUGAACUAAUCUAACUAGCUUCAGAUACACGAAGAAACUGUUUUGUUAUCAUUGUUCAUUUAUGAAAGACGUUUGGAAAAGCAAGUUAGUCAUUUAUAUUGCAACAUAUCUGGCCAUCAUGUGAAAGUUUACAUGAGAGACUCAAUCAAAGAUUCAUUUAACAUAUUCCCAUCGCUACUGAAGCAUCAAUAUCUGGACAUAUUAGCGCUCUUUAUAAGUUUGUUAAAUUAGAUUUUUUUUUAAUAACAUGAUUGUUUUUUAAAAUUAUCAAAGCAAACAUUUUUUAACCAAUGUGAGAAAAAAAAGUAGGCAAGAGUAUUUUUUAUUUCUUAUUUAUUCUUUUUAUUACUAUUUGUUUAUUGAUUAUUUGUUUUAAUUUAUCAGUUGGCAAUGUCGUCGUAGUGUUUAUAACGUGGAGAAAAUUUACUAAGCUUAAAUUUUUAUUAGCAUAAUUUAUUGGCAAAGGAUUAAUAACAUGUUGACCCAGGUAAAAUACUCUUUCCUAAUUUUAUAUGAUUUUUAAAUGAAUUCGUUGAUAGAAUUUCCGACAAUGUUGAUAGCAAGUCAUGUAUAUAUAAUCGAGUACCCGCGGGGGAGAAAUUUCACAGUUCCUUAAUGUUAACCAUCGUAUAGAUGAUAUUAAAGUUGCUAUGAGUUGCUUUUCAUUGGGACAACAUUUGUUUACAGAUGGUUUUCGUUUAUGAAACAUAGUAGAACGGACGUGCAAGUAAACAACGGUCCAUCAUAUAAAUUUUGCAAGAUCGCGUUUGGAAUUAACAAACACGAUAUCUGCCUGGUGACCAGAGAAGGCUUAUACAUCUACUUGAUAUAUGCGUAUAAUUGCGUAUGCAUUGACAUUUUGUCUUUGCACUAUUCAAAAUUUUAUCAAAAUAAAGAUAACACCAUUUGUUUAUUCCAAAUAGAGUGAGUCAAGUCAACUUUAAAGAAUUUUACCAAUUGCUCAACAGGGGCCCUAGUAACGAACUUGGAAGAGCUUGAAAGUACUUUAUGGGCUUGUUCAUUUACUCGAUACAAAGUAAAAUGCAAUUGUAUUAUUGUUGUGUAUAGCCUCUUUCAGGAAGACUUGGGAAGAGCUGUUUGCUUCUGGUAAAAUGGCGAUGUGUUACACAAAAAAAUUGCAGUAUAAUCUUUACAUAAAAGUAAUUCUGAAUAAGCCAUAGUUUAUGAAAGUUCCUCCUAAACCGAAAUAUGAAAAAACAAUUUCAGGAUUGAGAUUAAAAUCAGAAAUGCGAUAAUGUUAGUUCACAUAACUUUCUCACGGCAGUCGGCGUUUUUAUGCAUGUGUGUCAUUACCGACUUAAUUGGAAGACUUUACUUUGUUACACUUUUAUACCCGUUUGUAUUGAUUGAGUAAUAUAGAGCGUGAUAUUGCAAGAAAAUACAUACAGAAAUCACCCAUCGGAAAAGUCUACGGUAAUGUGAAAUUAAAAGUCACUGCUCACAACUACUUUUUUUGGCUCACAGAGAGACGGCGAAUAUAAUUAAUAGACUAGUCAUUAGCGGCCUUUAAAUUCCAUCUCCGUAUUUUGGCUUCCGUAACCAUUUCGUGCAUGUUUGGCACGAAGUGAUCUUGACAGCAAUAUUAAAGAUAGAUAAUCAUAAAGAUACCUACUGCGUUCUUACCUAGCUACAUUAUGGUACGACUUAAAUUGUUUGCCUUUUAUAUUGCGUUAUGAAUACGUAACCCCCACGGGUUACAUACAAAUGGAAAAAUAUAUGAGCUUAUUGUAAAACAACAUUUUAGUAAAAACACAUUUUGUUGACACUAUUGAACUUCAAUAUACCACUGGCAAUGACGUUCACUGAGGCUAAAGACUUACUUUAUUUCUUCAGUAGUCCUCUUAAAACGUUUUGUUGCAGUGUAAACCGCUUUUUUAUAUUACCGUUAUUAACUAUGUAACGUCGCUAUUUUUGUAAAUCAGUUAUCAAUUACCUCCCAAACUAAUCCUAAUUACGUUUUCUUUUUUUUUCUUUUUGUAAUAUCAAAACAGCUGUAUACACCAUGACAAAUAUAUGAGAUCUUUCAUUUUUCGUUUGCAGUACAUGUCUUAUGAUAUAUUGUCACCAUUAUUAGCUCCAUUAGCGAAAUUUACCUGAAUAGUUGGUGGGUAGUGGGAAAAUUUCAAAUGCGCUUAAAUAACAUUCUAUCGUAUUAAAAGUUCCUAUGGGAACAAAAGAAGCAGGUGAUAAUGUGUUCUUCUUUUUAAGUUUUUAAUAUAUAUAUAUAUACAUCUAUACAGUAUAAUAUUAUAGAGAAAAAAAAUAAAGAAAAAACAAAUAAAGAGUACAUAGAUAAGAUAAAAAUUAAAUUAAACACACAAUGUCGUUUUAUACAACGACAUUACCGUUAACAACAGAUUUAAUUAAAAACUUCACAUCAUACGGAGUGGCACCGUGCAAUCUUCCAAAGGCAAGAUCAUUGGAGGAUGUGUCGUACGCUAUAUAUAUGAUACUGGUGUUGGUAUCUAGUGUACUUGGUAACUGCAUGGUCCUACUGGUUGUGACAAUGUCAUCGUUGCUUCGUAGCCGUGUGACGUUCUACUUCAUAGCUAGCCUGGCUUGCUCUGAUUUUGCACUUGCAAUAUUCCAAAUCCCAUUCAGAAUAUCUUUGAAGUUAAAUCACAAUCGGUUUUGUCACGAAUUGCCGGCUUGUUACAUCAUGUUGAUAUCAGAUGCAUUUGGAAAUGUGGCAAGCAUUCUGAAUUUGUUUCUGAUAUCUAUCGACAGGUUUAUUGCGAUAAAAUUUCCAUUUCGUUACAACGACUUGCUAUCGAAAACUCGUGUGAAGUACCUCAUUUCUGCUGUCUGGAUAAUAUCUGCCUUAUGGGCUUUUACUGGUAUAUUUAACUGGAAAAAGAAAGAAGGGGAUAGCGUAUUUGGAAUCUCAAUCUCAAGAAGUUGUUUGAACAGCAACUACUACUUUUAUGCUACGUCAUUUUUUGGCAUUUACAUACCAGUUCUUGUAGCGAUUACCAUUGCAUACCUGGCCAUUCUCCACGUCGCCUUAACGCAAAUACGAGCAAUUGAAGCAAGCACUGUCGCCCUUCCAACACAAAGGACUCUUCUUAAUGCAGGCAAUAACUCGCCUCGUACGGAAAAAAUGAAUAAGCGCAGAAAAAGGACACUGAACAAGGAGUUAAAGGCAACAAAGUCAGUUGCAAUAGUCUACUUGGCGUUUGUCAUAUGCUGGUUACCAAGUUGCGUUAUCAACAUUAUCAUUAUGAUUGACAAUAUUUUUAUAAGCAUGAGAAGCGACAACGAGAAAUUGUUCCUUUUUAUAUAUUAUUUCUUCAUUGAAAUUCUACCCAACACCAACACGAUGGUAAAUCCACUUAUCUAUAGCUUCUCAAAUCAACAAUUUAGGUCAGCAUUUAAGACAGUCUACUUCAAGUUACUUGGUAGAUAUUCAAAUGCAUUUUACUCUCAACAGUCUCCUCGUACCUACGGAAGUGCUGAUUUAUCGAUAUCCGCGUCACCAUCGAUGAGUCCUUAUCACGGAGAAAAUCAGAAAAUGGAUACCAUUGCCAUCUGGAAACCAGAUUGACGUUAUCCAUAAUUAUUAUUGUUAGAACUGUCAAGACUAAACAGACAUGAAGUGAAAACGUAAGCAUGUUUUGCAAAUUCUGCCCGAUUCGUCUGAUCCAUGACAGAAAUAUGAUGUUACGGUAACUUUGAAGUAUGGUUAAUACGCAGAUUAAAUAAAUAAUAAAAAGAUACACAAUGACAUUUGUGUCUGCACACUUUAAAAAAACGAAUGUGUAAGUAUAGAAAUUGAAACAUGUUUGUUAUUCUUUGUA